AUGGGGCCCCCGGGCAAUAGGGGAUCAUGGGGCCCCUGUGUCCUUGCCCAAACUCAAAAAAGCCUAUGAAAAAGAGGAACUCAAGUGUCCUGCACAAAGCCCUGACCUCAACCCUACAGAACAUCUUUAAGCAGUUUGGGGUGGAGGAACUCAAGUGUCCUAUACAGGGGCGGACUGACAACUCAUGGGGCCCCCGGGCAAUAGGAGAUCAUGGGGCCCCUGUGUCCUUGCCCAAACUCAAAAAAGCCUAUGAAAAAGGUACCAGGGGCAUCUCAUGGGGCCCCCUACUGACCCCGGGCCCUCGGGCAGUGCCCAAGUUUCCAAAUGGUCAGUCCGCCCCU